AUGCAACAUACACUAGAUCUUCAGGCGUGGUACUUGCUCCCUGUUGGUCGCAACCCUGAUUGCGUUGCCAGUCAUGCGAAGUCAGCAGAGUUGACGUCGGCAGCUGCUGCGAUGGUCCACACAAAUACUCCAGUCGAGCCGUCGGCGAAGAACACAGGCAACAGAUGUCUCGAGGUAUUCUUUCAGCAUCACGCUGUGGAAGAAGUGGGAUACGUGUACCAGACACCUUCACCUCCCCCUCCGCCACGUGCCUCCGCCAAAAACCGCCGAUUCCCCCUCCCACCCUAUCAGACCGCUUUGCUAAUUGGGACACGUGCCGCCCCUGCCUCCAACGUUUCACAAAAACUACAGAUUUAUCUGCCUGUCAAGGCAAAAGCCACCGACAUUGUUUUUGGCCGGUUCUACAAAAUCGGGCCCUCAGUAAUAAACUCAGACACACCCCUUGAUGCCUCGCGUAAAGCCGACGGGAGAACGUGGAGUCGAAGCUACGGGGGCCACUCCUGCUCCCUUACCAAACUGCUACGUGCCUCAGGCGACACAAAAAUCGAUGCAGUGCUGACACGCCUCACAAUACCGCCUGGUGGAAAUGAGAAGGUGGGCCAGCAAAUGUCUGUAGCCCGCAUUAUCACGAUCGUUUCGCGAGUGGGAAGCUGGGAACGCCCAACAGACCUGGACAUUCUCCGAUGA